AAUGAGUGAAAAGGAAAACCAAGGAGAUCCAGCAGACAUGGGUGAUUUAACAGAAAGUGGAGAAUAUGAGGAUGACUUUGAAAAAGACCUUGAAUGGCUAAUUAAUGAAGAUGAAAAAGAAAACCCUGGUGAAGGAGAGAAUCUUGAAAAAAAUGAAGAGGAUAUUGAAGCACAAGUUGUUAAAGUUGCAGACAAGUUUGAGGAAGACAAUGAGGAAAUGGAAGAAAAUCCAGAUCAGCUUUCAGAGGCAGAUGUAGAUGCAAAAGUGAGACCCUCCAAUGAAGAGAGUUUGGAAUCCACGUCUGAUGUUAAACAGGGGGACCGUGUAUCUGAUACUGAUAGUGAAAGCUCUAUCCAGGAAUCGAAGCUGGAAAACCAGCAGGAACUGGAUGAGGAAGAGGAUGAAGAAAUAAAGCGUUACAUCUUAGAAAAGAUUGAAGAAGCUAACAAACUGUUGGAGAAUCAGGCUCCUGUAGAUCAGAACAGAGAACGGAAAUUAAAAUUUAAGGAUAAGUUGGUGGAUCUUGAAGUUCCUCCUCUAGAAGAUGCUGAAGUUUGUAAAACUGACUUUGCAAGAGGAGAUGAUGUUUCAAACAGGCUAUCUCGAUUGCACAUUUCUAAUGAAACAGGACAGGAAAGCACAUCACUUUCACCACGUGCUGGCAAGGGUGAGGAAAAGAAGGAUGGUAAAAUCCUAGUGGAAAAAGAUGGGAAGUUUGAACUCUUAAGUUUACGUGAUAUUGAAAGCCAGGGCUUUUUGCCCCCUAUAAGUGUUUCUUUUACUGAUAUUGAAACUCAACACAUGUCUCCAAAAUCUUCACACUACGGUCCUUUUGGCACUGUCUCUGGAAUGAAGGAAGUACCUCCAGUAAGACCAGGAGCACAUUCUUUUUCUCCUGUUGGAGAAGAGUGUGUGUAUUUCCCUAAGCCUCCAUCUAACCCUAAGCGUCGUCCAAAUUCUGCUAUCAAUGCAGCAAGAGGUCUGGGAAGACGGAAGACUCCGCAGAGAGCACAAUCUGCAAAUGCGCCUGUUAGAAGUUCCACUUACUGUCUUUCUCCCAGGCAAAAAGAGUUGCGGAAGCAGUUAGAACAAAGGAAAGAAAAACUGAGGAAAGAGGAAGAAGAAAAGAAAAGGGAACAAGAGGAACAGAAGAGAAGAGAGAAUGAGAUGGUUUUUAAAGCUUGGCUACAGAAGAAGAAAGAACAAGUGCAAGAAGAAAAGCGAAUUCGUCGUGCAAAGGAGCUAGAAGACUUGAACAGCAAAGAGAGGAACAGGAAUCCAGAAGAAGCCUUCAAGUUAUGGCUUAAAAAAAAGCACCAAGAACACAUGAAAGAAAAACAGAUCGAAAUUUUGAGACGCCAAGCUGAGGGCAUUGCCUUUUUUCCAAGAACAGAAGAAUGCAACAGAGCCUUUAAAGAAUGGCUGAAAAGAAAGAGAGAAGAAAAACGAGCAGAAGAACUAGCUGCUAAAGAGAGAGCAAGGCAGCUUAGAUUGGAAGCCAGAAGAGCAAAACAGAUGCAGAACAUCCAUUGCAUUAAUUCAGAGCCUAAAUCCUUUCGCUUCACAGACCAUUACAGUUGA